CUCAGUGUCUGCUUUCGGCAUUUUUCCUCCCCAAAAAACACUCAAAUAUCCUCACAGAGAAUCUUCCAGGCGCUUCUGUCUGCUGUAUUUUUUUUUGCAAGGGGUUCGUUUUCUUUCGGAAGUGUUCGGGUUCGGGUUUCCGAGGUUAUGAGCCGUCCGAAGCCGCUUUGGAGCGUCGCUGUCCGGGGUCCUGAGUGAGAGACAGCCACAGGAAACCUGACAUAACCCGUGAGUUGAAAAGCUCGGCAGCCAUGGAGCUGAGGGUGGGGAACAAGUACCGCCUCGGGAGGAAGAUCGGGAGCGGAUCCUUCGGAGAUAUUUACCUCGGCUCUAACAUCGCUACAGGAGAGGAAGUGGCCAUAAAGCUGGAAUGUGUGAAAACCAAACACCCACAGCUCCACAUUGAGAGCAAGUUCUACAAGAUGAUGCAGGGCGGAGGUGUAUCACAAGUGGGAAUCCCGUCUAUAAAGUGGUGCGGAGCUGAAGGCGACUACAACGUGAUGGUGAUGGAGCUGCUGGGUCCCAGUCUGGAGGAUCUGUUCAACUUCUGCUCCCGCAAGUUCAGCCUGAAGACCGUCCUGCUGCUGGCCGACCAGAUGAUCAGCAGGAUUGAAUACAUCCACUCCAAGAACUUCAUCCACCGAGACGUGAAGCCCGACAACUUCCUGAUGGGUCUCGGUAAGAAGGGCAACCUGGUGUACAUCAUCGACUUCGGCCUCGCCAAGAAGUACCGCGACGCCCGAACGCACCAGCACAUCCCGUACCGCGAGAACAAGAACCUGACCGGCACCGCCCGCUACGCCUCCAUCAACACACACCUGGGCAUCGAGCAGUCGAGGCGAGACGACCUGGAGUCUCUGGGCUACGUCCUGAUGUACUUCAACCUGGGCUCUCUGCCCUGGCAGGGCCUCAAGGCCGCCACCAAGAGGCAGAAGUACGAACGCAUCAGUGAGAAGAAGAUGUCCACCCCCAUCGAGGUGCUCUGCAAGGGAUACCCCUCUGAGUUCUCCACCUACCUGAACAUGUGUCGCUCGUUGCGGUUCGACGACAAGCCGGACUACUCGUACCUGCGGCAGCUCUUCAGAAACCUCUUCCACCGACAGGGCUUCUCCUACGACUACGUCUUCGACUGGAACAUGCUGAAGUUUGGAGCCAGCAGGACGAAGGAGGAAGGAGCGAGGGAGAGGAGGGAGGGGAAAGAGGGGAACGAGGGGAAAGCGGGGAAAGAGGGUGAGGAGCGAGCGGGAGGAGGUCAGAGAGCAGCUGGAGGUCGAGCUCUGCCUCCUGGACCCAGCCCGGCAGCCGCUAACAGAGUCAGGAACGAGGCGGACCCUGCGCCCUCCACCCCGGCCCCGCGGGGGGUCCAGCCGUCAGGUAACCGCUCCCCUCAGGCGGGCAGAGCAGAGCGAGCUGAGCGAGAGAGGAAGGUGGCCAUGAGGCUGCAUCGUGGAGCUCCAGCCAACGUCUCCUCCUCCGACGUCACUGCACGCCUCGAGCAGUCUCGCUUAACUGCCUCACAGGUCAGUGUGCCGUUUGAACAUCUGGCAAAAUGAAUUCCUCCUGGCCUGCAGGUCAGUGGCAGCAGCUGCAGGGUGUUAAAUAGCCCUUAAUUUUCGAGUGGAUGAAUGAAGAGAUGAAUGAGUUUCUGAGGACCAGAGGAGCAGCAGGAGGCGUUUCGGGCCUUUUAAAGAGGGAAUGGAGGCCGUCCGUGUGUCUGUCAGUGUGCUGUGUGAACAGUGGUGACCAGGAAGAGCCGGAGAAACACUGAGAUGUUAAAAAAAAGCGGGACACACAAAAAAACUCUUCGCUGGAUCUGAUUGGUUCUGCUUUGUUCCGGGUUGUGGCCGCACGAGGAAGUGGGUCAAACAGGCCCCGCCCUCUUCUUCACUCAUCUUCACCUGCCCAUCGACUCGAGGCUCAACUUGCAAAAAAAUCCAUCAAAGUGCACAAAACGGACUAAAUUGAAGUUAUUCUGUGGUUUACACCUGUGAUAAAAAAAUGUAAAAUCAGCUAUAAAACCUGCUAAUGUUUAAGAGCUACAUCCGCUGCUUAUGGUGUUCUUGAUUAUUAACAAAUAUGUAAACAACUAUGGAGACAAACAGUGUAUUCAGGCUUGGAUCAAAGAGUGUGUGAGAGGCUGCUUUUCGUCAAUAUGUGUCGGUGUCUGUCUGUGUUACUGUCUUAAGUGUUCGUUUUAGUUUGCUUUAGAAAGCCUAAAGGAUGGAGGAGAUUAGAGUGACUGUGGAUGAAUUAUAACAGAAGAAUAGUCCCAAUUAAAACGGAAAGGGAGAGCCAUGAGGAUUGUACGAUAUGAUAAAGCCUUUAGCGUGCCAUGUAUGAAAAGACUAGAGAAUGUUUUAACAUAUUCAAUGGUGAACACGUUUGUAUUAUUGUUUUUUAGUUCUUUUUCAUUUUUUACUACAUGUAUAAUGUGUAGAUACCUCAAAAUGACAAGAAAGAGAUGUAAGAAAGGGCCACAAAUCAUCCAAUACAACUAAUGACCACAAAACGACUCCAAGCUAUAGGCUACACAAGGAGCAAAAACGACCACAGACAAAACAUAAUUUGAGAAAGUUAUAAAAUGAACAAUUUUUUAUUAUAGUUUUUUAUUUUAGCUUCUUUUAUUUCGUUUUAUACUACAUUUAAAAUGUAUAGAUACCUCAAAAAGACCACGAAGAGACACAAAGUUACUCCAAUUAAUGGCAACUAAAGGAGAAAAACGACCACAGACAAACAAUGACUUGAGAAAGUUAUAAAUAUUGAUGGUAGACAAGUUUGUAUUAUUGUUUUUUACAUUUGCUUUUUUUGUUUUGUUUCAUACUACAUGUUAAAUGUGUGUAUACCUCCAAAUGACUACAAAAACACCACAAAUACAUUCAUAACAUCUACAAAGAAACACAAAAUGACCCAGAAGUAAAGGCUAUGAAAAACCAGAGAUGAAACUAUAACUUGAGACAGUUCUACGAUCUUGGUGGUGAACAAGUCUGUAUUAUUGGUUUUUACUUUUGGCUUUUAUUCCCCUUUGUUUUGAAUACAUGUAAAAUGUGUACAUACCUUUUGGCAGAAUGAGACAGAUUGUUUAAAGUUUGAGCUGGAGAGAGAAAUGUUGACCUGACGGCGCUGGGUAAAACGUGAAACACACACUUUAACCCUUGGAGUCUGCCAGAUGUGUGUGUUUUGUUUCUCAGUGUGGCGGGCAAUGACAGAGAGGUUCCUGUUCAUAUUUAUUGACGAGUGUUUGGACCCAGGUCUGUCAGGAGGGACGGAUUUCAACGAUGGGAUGGAGCUGACAUUUCUUCUUCACCAUGCUUCAACUUUAUUACUAUGAUGUUUGUGUAUAUUUUCUGAAUCAAUUAAAGUAUACACAG